UAGGGAACAGCUGGCUGAACAGCUGUUCAACUCCGCACUUCCUAUCUUUGCGUAAUGUUGCCUCUGCGGUGGAGUGUCCUGAAGCCACUCCAGGAUGGUAUCCGUUUCAGUCGACGUUACCUGGCCCAGAAGAACCUCCUAGAGCUUACGGACAGGGGAUUCUUCCAGGGCAUUUUCCCCGACACUGCUGGGCCCAAGAUAAAGCAGCUCCUCACCAGCGGCCAGCAGAGCAUUUACGCCGGGUUCGAUCCCACCGCCGACAGCCUGCACGUGGGAAAUCUGCUGGUGAUCAUGGGCCUCAUCCACUGCCAGAGAGCUGGCCACAGACCUAUUGCAUUGGUAGGAGGUGCCACAGGUUUGAUCGGAGAUCCCAGUGGGAGGAAGACGGAGCGCAACCAGCUGGGUGAGUCUGUGAUCGAUACCAAUUUGAAGGCCAUUGAGCGGCAGUUGGUACAGGUUUUCGACAACCACGAGAAGUUCCUAUGGGACACGAGUAAGAACAAAUCACCUUUGCCGCCACUGACGAUCGUCAACAAUGCUGAUUGGUAUGCCGACCUGCAUCUCGUCGACUUCGUGGCCAACAUGGGUCGACAUUUUCGCAUGGGUUCCAUGCUCUCCCGGUCCUCCGUGCAGUCGCGUUUGGAGUCGGAGGACGGGAUGAGUUUCACAGAGUUCACCUACCAGAUAUUCCAAGCUUACGAUUGGCUCCACCUCCUGCGUCGCCACAACUGCUGCUUCCAAAUGGGAGGCUCUGACCAGACGGGCAACCUGAUGACGGGACACGAGCUGAUCAGCCGGGUGGAGCGUAAGGCCGGCUUCGGCUUGACACUACCCCUGGUGACCACUGAAGAGGGCGACAAGUUUGGCAAAUCGGCAGGAAAUGCAGUGUGGCUGGAUGGUGAUAAGACAUCUGCCUUUGCUCUGUAUCAGUUCUUCCUGCGUAUGCCGGACUCCGAGGUGGAGAAGCUGCUCAAACUGUUCACCUUCAUUCCACUGCCGGAAGUUAAGCAGCUGAUGCGGGAGCACACAAGGGAGCCGGAGAAGCGGAAAGCGCAGGCACUCCUGGCGGAGGAUGUUACUCUGCUGGUGCAUGGAGAAAAUGGAUUAAAGCAAGCGGAGCGAGUAACCAAUGCUCUAUACAAGGGCAACGUCGAGGGAUUAGCGGAACUAAACAUCGCCGAGAUCAAGCAGACCUUCCAGGGAGCCACCAUGGUGGAGCUGCUGACUGAGCCUGGGAUGUCCAUCCUGCAGUUGGCCAUGAAGGCCAAGUGCUUUCCCACUGAAACUGAUGCCGUUCGUAUUAUAAAUGCUGGUGGUUUCUACGUAAACCAAAAACGAGUACAGAACAUCGCAGAGGUGCUGACCACCGGAAUACACAUCCUCCGGAACGGAGUCUCACUGCUGCGUGUGGGAAAGCGAAACUUUUACAUAGUUCGCUGGCAGUAAUAACUAAUUGUUAUUUGUGUUGAAUAAUAAUAGGUUAUUUUACAUAUAAAUUUUAAA